GGAACAGCUGCUACCAACAAUAUAUCUGCAACACCCACGUUCCUGUUUUUCCGAAACAAAGUGCGAAUCGACCAAUACCAAGGAGCAGAUGCUGUAGGUUUAGAAGAAAAAAUUAAACAGCACCUGGAGAAUGAUCCUGGGAACAGUGAAGAUACAGAUAUCCCCAAAGGAUAUAUGGAUUUAAUGCCAUUUAUCAAUAAAGCUGGCUGUGAAUGUCUUAAUGAGAGUGAUGAGCAUGGAUUCGAUAAUUGUUUACGUAAAGACUCCACCUACUUGGAAUCAGACUGUGACGAGCAGCUGCUUAUUACUGUAGCUUUUAGUCAGCCUGUCAAGCUUUAUUCUAUGAAACUUCAGGGGCCAGAUAACGGGCAAGGUCCAAAGUACAUAAAAAUCUUUAUCAACCUUCCUCGGUCCAUGGAUUUUGAAGAAGCAGAAAGAAGUGAACCAACUCAAGCCCUGGAGCUGACACCAGAUGACAUUAAGGAAGAUGGCAUCGUCCAGCUCCGCUACGUGAAGUUUCAGAAUGUGAACAGUGUAACUUUGUUUGUCCAGUCCAAUCAUGGUGAUGAAGAGACGACAAGAAUUACGUACUUCACCUUUAUUGGAACUCCAGUCCAAGCCACAAAUAUGAAUGACUUCAAGCGAGUAGUUGGCAAAAAAGGAGAGAGCCAUUAGGAUGCAGAAGACACUGGAAGGCCUUAUUGCAAUCAAAGAGAUCUUCACUUUUAUCUACGACUCCUGGAUAAUUGCUUGACCAUAACCAGAGACUGUCAAUCUGUUUCAUUUAAUGCCAUUACCAAUAAAUCAUUGCUUU